AUGAGAAGAGUUCUGAAUGAAUUAGGUUUUAGUAGUAUUAAACCAGUUUCAAAACCAAAAUUGACUAAAACACAUAAAAUUGCAAGAUUAAAAUUAACCAAAAAACUUCUUUUUGUAGGUAAAGAUUAUUGGAAUGACGUUGUAUUCACUGAUGAGUCGUUUUUUUCAAUGUAUAAUGACUCGGGAAAAUAUAAAAUAUGGGUAGGUAAAAAUGAAGAAAAACCUGUUAAUGAAACCAUUAAAUAUGGUAAAAAGAAAAUAAUGGUUUGGGGAUGUAUGUCCUCUAAAGGUGUUGGUGAUUUGCAUUUUUUAGAUAGAAACAUGGAUGCAUUAUACUAUGUAGAAAUUUUAGCAAAUAAUUAA